CUGGAGUUUUGCUGUUUGGUUACGUUGUCGUGUAACUGUAUGGUGUUUGAUUUCCUUUACCUUGGUACUGGUUGGCACAAUGUAGAGAUGGUCGAUAACUUUAUUGGAAUGAUGUCACAUAAUUGCAAUAGUAUCUCUCGUGCAAAUGUGCUGUACGGGCGAAACAGUACCUCGGUGGACGAACUGUGCGUGUAGUUCAGAGUGGGUGUACAGCGUUACCGAAUUUCGUUUUAUGCAGUGGAACAUUAUAUAGUUUAAAUCUGAAUUACCCCAUCUGAACAUGGCCAUGCCGGAUAAACCACGACGUUCGAAGAGUCGAAAUGUGUCUGGUCAGUCGGGUAGUAAAGGCGAUUCAAGAAAAGAGAAAUCAUCCAGUUUUGAUUUGUAUCCACUGAAGGGUAAAGUGUUUUACCUGGAUCUACGUCAGUAUGGAAAAAUUAAAAUACUGGAAAAAGAUCUGAUUGAUCUUGGCGGAGUAGUUGAGAAGUUCCUCUGUAAUGAAGUGACGCACGUUAUAAGUAAUCGUAUUGGAGAUGCCAGUGGGGAUGGUGCUGCUGUGUCAUCUCCCAAUCCUAGUCCUGUUAUAUCAAAUCCAAGUCCCAUGAACUUGAAAAGUUCUUCUGUGAAAGGAUUGGAUUCUCCACAGAUGGUUGACUCACCAGCCAGUAAUGAUGGCACUAAAACUGCCAGCUUUGCAAGAGGCAAAGCUAUUGCACAGAAAGCUGUCACCACUCAGAGAAUGGGAAAUACCGACGUUCUAACAAAUGCCAAAAAAUGGGGAGCAAAGAUAAAACCGCUUGAGCAGGUUGUACGUUUCAUUACAAACUACAAGGAAAGACUGUCUAGGUCAAAUACAAAGACCAAGAGCAAGCCUCCAAAGACUGCAUCCCAGGCAAAGCCGUCACAAAAAGUUUCCAUGCACAAAAUGAAACGUCCAUAUUUGAAAGUUGAACAUACUAGUCGGCAUUUCCGGCCCUUGUCUAAAGAAUUCAGUAAAUGGCCUACAGUUGGACUAGACACAGUUCCUGGAGCAUGUCCGUUUGAUGGUGUUAACUAUGAAGAUGGACAUUGUGCUGAGAGAAGUGAAGAUAGGGGUAAUAAAGAAGAUGAGACAACCAAACAGUCAGAAUGUACAAUCUCAAAAACAAACCAGAAGGUUGUUCGCUUGGUAACAGCAGGAGAAGCUAGACAAGCCCAGGAAAAACAGAAACGUAAGAAAAAUGCUGGAUAUUGUGAGUGUUGUCAAGUCCACUAUGAAGAUUUACUUGAGCACUUACGAAGUGAUACACAUACAGCUUUUGUAAAUCAAACAAAACACUAUACUAGUUUAGAUGCUAUGGUAUCAGAAGGUCCUAAUAUGGAGAGAUUCUUGAAUGAUGUGUUGAAGUACCACAAUGAAUCCAAGAAUUAUUUAGAUAAUAUUAGAGAUUUUGAAGAGGAUGAACUGAAAAUAUCUGCUGAAGGCAAGAAAAAGAAAACUAUCAACACCCGAGUUCCUGCCACCCUGAGGCAAGAGGAUCCAAGUGCUCAGUAUUCACCUGUCACUAAAAACCAAUCUCGACUUGAUGGUAAACAAAUCAUAGAAACUCCAAAAGUGAAAGGUCUAACCACAGUGGCUAAAAAGUUACCAUGCUCAGCAUCAAAAGUUAAAGGAAAGGCAACUAAGGCUUUAACUACUAAACAUCAACAAUCAACUCCAAAAUUAAUAAGGACACCAUCUGCAUCCAGUAAGAAAGAACAAAAGUCAACACCAAAAUCAAAGGGUACUUCAAUGGCUAAAAAGACAAUAAAGGUUAACAAGGAACCCACUGUUGGGAAUUUAAUAAUUUGUGCUUUGAAUGUUCCAAAGGGGAAUAGAAAAACUGUAGUAGGCAAACCUGAGUCACUAACUAAAGACUUUAAGAGUUGUGGUGGUGAAAUUGUGGAAAUAAGUCAUGUUCAGAACGAAACAUGUGCAAUAUCAGAAUCAAGAAUCUCAUGUAACGAAAAGAAAUCAGUUUGUGGUGAAAAGAGAAAGGUCUCUUCACUAACCAAAAUAAAAACCACAAACAAUGCGAAAACAACUGUUGAUGAAGACAUUUUGACCUUAACUCCAAAAAGGUCAAAGUCUGAGACUAAUGGACAUGGCAAAAGACUAGAGAAUAAGUUUGAAUGCAAAGGACAAAACAAUAUCGCUGAUGUCUUAGGGCAUUCGUCCCCAACAGUUGAAACAAAUCAGUUAGAAGUAGGCAAAAGUCUAGAAAAGACACCGGUUAAAACAGAUAGUGCAAGGUUAGCUAGUAUGAGAACUCCAGAGAAAGUUCAGUCUCCUGCUAUAAGACGUAUCCAGUCAUAUGCAGGCACUCCCCCUAGGCAACCUUCUAUAAGCCGCAUUUACUCCAGUGAUCUUAGCAUUGAAGAUUUUGCUGGAUUUACAAAUAGUGAUAUUGAAAGGACUAGAAAACAUCUAGAAGAGUUAAAAACAAUGAUGAGUGCCUUUGACGUUGUUGUGUUUCCGUCAGAACCGGAUCCCAUUGAUGAAGGUGACAGUGAUGUAUUUGUGAAUGAUUCGGCUGACAUGAAUAUUGAGAUAGCUUCAUUUCGUUCAGGUGCAUCAGAGUGGGAAAAGAGUCUGUCUGGAUUCCUGGAAAAGCAAGUCUCCAAUGCGUCUUUAAAAAUAUUGACUGAUGAGGACAGUAUGAAAGUCAGUAGUGUUGAUCAUCAAGUUAAAAAACCUGAGAAACAACACAAGAGUGAUUGCUUCGCUGUGCCUCAAAAGAUCACCAGAAGAAAAAUUGUGAGCAGACAAGAAAGUUUGAGCAGUGCACCGUCAAAGACAUUGGAGUGGAGCUCUGAGGAACAUUCAGUGUUCGAUAAAUUUAGUGAAUCGCCAUGUUUAGCUAAACGGCCAUUUAGCGUCUCAUCGUCUUUUAUGUCAAGUAUUAGAGAGAAAAGACAGCAGCUUUUAGAAAGCCAGAAAAGUCAUGAGUCUGCUAUUGAACAAAUGAAAAAGGACAAGCAGAUAGAAAAUCAGAAAACUUCUCCAACUCAAAACCAUUCCACAGCAAUUAGGAGUCUUGUGAAAAACUCUCAGGGGCGUUGUGUUGUGAACACUGAUCACAAAUCGAAUUGCACAAACAAUACAAAUAAUUUUCUGCAUAGCAAUCAAAAUGAUUCAACUGCACUGAAUUCAUCAUCUCAGUUUAGCCCUCCUUCUUCUCCUGUAUUUAAAGCUGGUGUUAAAAAUGCAAACCAGUUGCAGUCAGACUCUCCAGUUUUUAAAAAGGGUAAGCACAAUAAGGAGGAUUAUGCAGCUCUCAUUGACUCGCCUACGCGGACGAUGAGAAAACGCCCAUCAGAAUCUCCGAUUUGGCAAAGAACAAAAGUGUUUGUAAGUACUCCAAAGAAGAGAAAAGGUGGAAAGAAGCGAAACCAGUUAAUUGCAAAUGAAAACAGCCCAUCUCAAGCUGAUGUCCCUGAGCCUGAUGACAGUGAAAGUGAAGUUGAUUUUCCUUUAGUGAAAAACUCUAGUCCUUGGAAAUCUGAAGAGGAUAGGUGUAAUUAUGGGAAACCUUUUCAAAAUCUUAGGAAUACUCCACAAAGGCCAAGUCCUCUACAAUUGAAAACUGAUGACAAUGCACUCAAUUCUCAACUGCCAAGGACAUGCGUCAGACAGAUAUUUUCUAAGGACCAACACAUGAACAGGAACUGUUUUAAAUCUCCUAUGAGCAAAACUAACCGUCUGCCACCAUCUCCAUCAACCCCAUCAAGACGGACUUAUUCACCACGUACACCCAAAAUAUACAGAGAAUUAUUAGCAAGGGCAUCAACUUCUGCACCUCCUAGUUUCCCACAGCAUCCAAGAUCCCCGACUUUCCUACAUAGUUCAGGCCAGCGUUUUACCAUAAGCAAAAGACCCCACUAUUCCACAGAAAUAUUAUAUCCCUCCUGGUUUAGGGGUACAGGACGACGGCGAACAAGAAGCAUGUCCAUACCUACACCUAUAUCCAGACUUAGAACAUCACCAAGAGGUGCCACUGCCAGAAGGAGACUUGAAUCUGCAAGACAGUGGGAUGAAUACUCCUUCAAAGACAAUGACAGUGUGAGAACCUUGCCUGUAUUUUAG